AUGGCAAGGCUUUAUGUGGGAAAUUUGAACUCAUCCAUUACUAAACAGAAAUUAGCGGACACAUUUAUCAAGUUUGGUCCUCUUGUGGACAUAUGGUACAACUCAGAAAAGUGCUAUGCAUUUAUCGAGUAUGAGGUUCCGGGUGACGCUCACGAUGCUAUCAGCCAGCUUAACAAGACCCGCCUUUUAGGACUUGAACUAAAAGUGGAACUCACUAAAUAUAAACAAGACCCUCCAAUGAAUGGUGGUGGCAUGGGAAAUGACUUGAGGGCACGAUUAGGUCCACCUGUUCACCAACCAAGUGGUUCCGGAAGAGGACCAAGGACAGAGUUUGACAUGCGGCGACCACGAUCCCCCACUCCUCCUCUUCCGCCUCCUCCCCCUCGAAACUUCAACAGUCCUCCCCCACAGCGCCGGUACUUCUCUCCUCCACGUGCUAGAAACCCACCCUUCAACCAGUCUUCUCCUCACAACAUGCGAACUUCUCCUCCUCACGGAAACCCAGCUAGAUCACAUUCUCCCAACUUUAGAUCACCUGUCAGAACAAGAUCACCUCUGAGGGGGAGGUCACCUCCCCGUGGUAAUUCACCUGUCUACAAUAGACCUCCUGCAAGGGACGUUAUGCCUCUAGGUCGCAGUAGAUCACCUUUUCGUGGCAGAUCACCACCGCGCGGGAGAUCCCCUCCCAGGAACAGAUCACCUAUGAUGAUGGGUAGGGCUCCACCCCGCUCACCCUCUCCUCCUAGAGGUAGACCUAGGUCACCUGGACCUUCACGGGGACCAUUUGAUAACAGGCAAGGACCGCAUAACAGACAGGGACCACAUAAUCCUCGUCCCCCUUUAGACGAUAGAUACUCUCCAGAAUUUAAUCCGGCUGUGUCUCCACCUCACCAGGCAGCAGGUCCUCCAUCUCCUUCCAAAAUAGACCUUUCUAAACCUCUCGACAUCGGGCGAACUAAAACGGAUGAACAACCUCCACCCCCUGUUUUUGACCCUACUAAGCCUCUGACUAUCAGUUCGAACCGUCCUAAACCAGCCCCGAUUGUUCAGCCAAACCGGCGUCCUCCGUAUCAAACACAGCAGCCUCCCCAGAGGAAUCAGCAGCCUCCUCAGAGGACACAACCACCUCCUCAGAGGACUCAGCAGCCUCCCCAGAGGACUCAGCAGCCUCCCCAGAGGACACAACCACCUCCUCAGAGGACUCAGCAGCCUCCCCAGAGGACUCAGCAGCCUCCCCAGAGGAAGGUAGAGCCACCGCCUCCACCCCAACAGAGACAAAGAUCCAGAUCACCUCUCAGAACUAGAUACACUGAUUACAGGGAGAAUAACGCUGGUCGACGAUUUGCAUCUCCUCCAAGAAAUAAUGAUCAAAGGCGUUCGCCUGGCCCUCCUCCAAGUCGAAAUUUCGCUUCCAGAUCUCCACGUGCAGGUCGAAACAUUGCUUCAAGAUCUCCGCCGAUGCGAAACUUUUCCGCCAGAUCUCCGCCUCCAAAUCGUAAUUUUAACACCAGAUCUCCGCCUCCGAAUCGUAAUUUUGUCUCCAGGACACCACCUCCAAAUCGUAAUUUUAACACCAGAUCCCCGCCUCCACCACGAAACUUUCCCUCACGGUCCCCACCUCCCAUGCGAAACCAGCCCUCUAGAUCCUUACCAGGAAGAGGGGCCCCACUGAGACGCUCCCCACUUCACAAUACUGUAUCUCCACCCCGGAACAACAACCCUGUCAGAGACCGGACACCCCCUGUUCGGUACAGCGACUACAGGGAAAACAAAUUCAAUAACAAUAGACGUCCUCUGACUAUUGGUAACCGUUUCAAUGGUAGCGCGAGGAAUUAAUAUGUUCAGCUGUUCUUCUCGAGUGACAACAUUCAUCUGACCUGAUCCAACGUUUCAUUAUAUUAUCGUUAAUUGCGUUUGUUUUCGGAGUUUUUUUUUUGAAGAAUUACUGAAUAAAGACCUGCUGUUCCAGACUCAAUUUAACCGAGAUGUAUUAUUUGGCGGGUUACGCUGUUUUUGCGAAAUUUGUCUAUGUUUUCAUCCCCUCUGCGUAGUACAACUGAAGAUCACGAAACAUUUAUUCAUCAGACUUCAGAUAAAGGAUAAAAAUGUAAAGGAUUUAAAACUGUUUUCGUAUAAUAUGAUAGUCACUGUUUUGCAAGUAAAGCGGAAUGGUUUUCGCAUGAUUGGCAGUUUAAGAUUUUAGGGAAACUGGUAUUUUAUUUGCCUGAGUCCACAUAAGCAUGUAAAGAAUUCAGCUGCCAAGAAAGUCAGUAACUAAAUUUAACCUGCUGUCGAGUGGAUGUACGACACGUCUAUGGAAUGUUGACCAGAAAUUAAAGUUUCAUUUACUUUCGUUUUAAUGAUACUAAUUCAUAGCAAUUUGGUACUCGGCCUUGCACACGUUAAAGUUAUCCUUUCAAAGACUAAUUCUAAGUUUAAAGACCACACGAUCAGACAUAUUAAUUAACACAAUGUUUUCUCCACAUUUUACCUUUAAACUCUGAGCUGUGAUUGAUUGGUUUUUGUGAUGAUUGUACAUUGCUAGUAAUAACUCUGACAUAAAAUAUUUUUAUAAAUUAGAUCUUGAUUUUGACACAUUUUCUCCAGAGAAAGUUGCAAAAUAUUAUUGAUUUUACAAAUUUGAGACAAUUUGGGCCAUAUUGCUAAGCAAUCGGGCUAGGUUUUACCGUUUUAGAAGGAUUAUUUGCAGUUUAAAUAUCAAAUUACUACAAUUAUUGUAAUAAACAUGUGCCUUGAGUUGACUUUCUUUCUGACUCAGAAUGUGCAAUUCUAGUACAUUGAGUGUAAAAACAAAUUACUUGUAAAUAAAAAGUAAAAACAAAAGAAGAAGUAAAAUCGGUAUUUGAAGCUGCAAGUAUUGGGGCUGACAAGCUCCAACGGCUCAACGCAGGCGACAUGUUUAUUAGGGUUCAGUAACCGAGGCUAAACUGUGAUUAAAUACUGUUAGUUUGCAUGUUGUAUUCCUAUUAUACUUGGGUAUAAUAAUGAUGAUGCUUUUAUUAUAAUAGAUGGAUGGAAUGAUUUUUGUUUUAAGAACAUUUUUGCGCUCGAAGCUUAACCGUUAGUUUUGAUUUACUGCUGUUUUUGAAUGUGAUAGUAUUUUAACUUUUAUGGGAUCAUAUUGGAUGAAAAAGUGAAGGCAUGCCAUAAAUUUAGUAAAGUCGUUUUUUUUGAGAAAUUGACGAACUUUGAGCUCUGGUUUUAUUCAGUUUUACUUUAUUUAGGGGUGUUUACUUCACGUAUGAUAUAAUGAUAUGUUAAUCUUUGAUGUUAUUUAGUAUUUAUUGCUGUAAAAUACUUAAUUUGCUUAAUUUCGACAGA